AAAGUGAGAGACAGGUGACUUCAGCGUGUGUGAGUGUGUGUGGUGAUUGGGUGAGGCUGGGGCGUGGUGUGGUGGCCUGCUGUGUGGUUGGCUGGGUGGCGUCUGGCGCGCAGGGGACAGUUACCCUCCUAGCUACACCAAGGAUGAGCGGAAGCAAGCAGGAGGGUGCGGGCAGCGAGUGCGGGCGUGCGAUGGGUCUUCUGGUGCGAGGCGCGGGCCAAGUGGUGAGGGUGGCGGCGGAGGGCGUGAAGGUGAAGCUGAGAAGGGACAUGGAAGACCUGGCCAUCGUCUCUGCCACUGAGGACCAGGGCGUGUCCGUGGCGGUGGAUGAAGCUGGAGUGAUUAGAGCUAUAGGACUGGACAGGGAGGUGGAGGCGGCGUUCCCAGGGGCCAAGUGGAGGGAGGUGGUGGACGCAAAAGGUGGAGUAGUCAUACCUGGCUUAGUGGAUGCUCACACUCAUCCCGUCUGGGCUGGAGAUAGAGUCCACGAGUUUGCAAUGAAGCUGGCUGGGGCGACGUACAUGGAGGUUCACAAGGCUGGUGGAGGAAUCAACUUCACGGUGACGCACACACGUGGAGCCACAGAGGACCAGCUGCUCCACCUGCUCUUGCCUCGUCUCCACCGCAUGGUCCGCGCAGGCACCACCAUGGCGGAGUGCAAGAGUGGCUACGGCUUGGAUGUGGAGAACGAGAUGAAGAUGCUAAGAGUGUUGGAGAGAGCUCGUCCACUCGCUCCCCUCACCAUCUCCUCCACCUUCUGCGGCGCUCACUCCGUCCCUAAAGGCCUGACAGCGGAAGAAGCGACAAGACUAGUGGUGGAGGAGCAGCUGCCGGCGGUGAAGGCAGCUGUAGAGGCCGGGAAGAUGUCAGUGGAUGCAGUGGACGUGUUCUGCGAGCGUGGGGUGUUCUCAGUGGAGCAGAGUCGCGCCAUACUCCAAGCUGGGCGGCGCCUCGGCUUCCUCUUGAACUUUCACGCCGAUGAACUGAACCCACUAGGCGGAGCUGAGAUGGGGGCGUCACUGGGGGCAGAGGCCAUGAGUCACCUGGAGGAGGUAUCGAAGGAGGGGAUAGCGGCCAUGGCUGAAGCGGGGACAGUGGCGGUUCUUCUGCCUACCACCGCUUACAUCCUCCGCCUGCCCACGCCCCCAGCCAGGGACAUGAUAGAGGCUGGGGUGCCCGUUGCCCUAGGGUCUGAUUUCAACCCCAAUGCCUUCUGUCUUUCAAUGCCCCUCGUGAUGCAUUUGGCUUGCGUCACCUUCAAGCUCACACUGAACGAGGCACUCACGGCCGCCACGCUGCACGCCGCCCAUGCCUUGCGAAAAGCCGACACCCACGGCUCUCUUCAGCCCGGAAAGAUGGGGGACAUGCUGGUUCUGGACGCCCCGAGGUGGGAGCAUCUCGUGUACCAGCUGGGCGGUGCAGAUGACGUCAUCACCCACGUUAUCAAGGCUGGCAGAGUGGUCCACACCAGACCCAACCCUGCUGCUCCCUCCGCCACACCCUAGGCACGCCACACCUUAGGCUGCCUCCACCACGGCCUGAAAACAUCCUCACCUCAAUCUAAAUUCUCUCUCUCCUUUCCUUCUCCUCACCCUGAACGCAUACUAACCCUCCCUUCCCUCAGUAGGCUGCCUCUCCACACGCUAAGAACACUAUAGGCCUCUCCACCUCACCCUAGAGUCUUGUUCCUUCAUUGCCCUUCUUCCUCCUCCUCAUUCUGAACACCUUACUGGACUUCCUUACCCACUAGGCUUCCUCCACCACACCCUGAACACGAAAGGCCUCUCUCCAUCUCACCCUAGACCUACUUCUCCCAUUAUUCUUCCUCCACCUCACCAUAGAUCUUCUCUCUCAUUAUCUUUCCUCCUGGCCUUCCCCUUCACUCUUUCUCUAUCUCAUCCUGAAAAUACCCCAGGCCUCCACCUCACCCUUGACCUUCUCUCUCGUCACCCUUCCUCCAUUACCCUGAACACAUCCUAAUCCUAAGCUUCCUUUCCCUCAUUCUAUAGAAUAUCUAGGCUGCUGCUCAAUCUCUCCACUCCUUUGCUUGUGUUAUCUAUUGGAGAUUGGAAUAAUAUUUUAUACUUGCA